AUGGAUUUUAGAAGUCAUGCAAAAUAUUUAUCAUUUUUUAAUAUCUUUAUAUGCUAUGUUUUACUGCCCACAGGUCGAAUUCUGGACAUACCUUGUAAAGUAUGUGGCGAUCGUAGCUCCGGUAAGCAUUAUGGAGUUUAUGCAUGUGAUGGGUGCUCAGGAUUCUUCAAAAGAAGUAUCAGGAGGAACAGAACCUAUGUCUGUAAAUCUGGAAAUCAGGGAGGUUGUCCGGUUGACAAGACACACAGGAAUCAGUGCAGAGCAUGUCGCCUGAAGAAGUGCUUGGAAGUCAACAUGAAUAAAGAUGCUGUACAACAUGAAAGGGGACCAAGAACAUCCACUAUCAGAAAGCAAGUGGCACUGUACUUCAGAGGGCACAAAGACGUGAAUGGAACCACACCGCACUUCCCAUCGGCAGCCUUACCAGCACCCAACUUCUUUACCGCUGUUAGCCAACUGGAACCCCAUAGCCUAGAGUUGGCUGCAGUAUCCACUACUCCUGAAAGACAGACCUUGGUUAGCCUUGCCCAGCCAACCCCAAAAUAUCCACACGAAGUGAACGGCGCUCCAAUUUACCUAUACGAGGUAGCCACUGAAUCUGUUUGUGAAUCGGCUGCGAGGCUUCUUUUCAUGAGCAUUAAGUGGGCAAAGAGUGUGCCAGCCUUCUCCACGCUCUCUCUCCAAGAUCAGCUGAUGCUUCUGGAAGAUGCAUGGAGGGAGCUGUUUGUUUUAGGAAUAUCACAAUGGGCCAUUCCAGUUGAUGCGAGCACGCUACUGGCUGUUUCUGGAAUGAACAACGAUAACACGGAUUCCCAAAAGUUGAAUAAAGUCAUCUCGGAGAUCCAAGCUUUGCAAGAAGUGGUGGCAAGAUUUCGACAGCUUCGGCUAGAUGCUACUGAAUUUGCCUGUCUCAAAUGUAUUGUUACUUUUAAGGCCGUUCCUACGCACAGCGGUUCAGAGCUGAGGAGUUUCCGAAAUGCUGCCGCUAUAGCAGCCUUGCAAGAUGAAGCUCAGCUCACUUUAAACAGCUAUAUACACACCAGGUACCCUACACAGCCUUGCCGUUUUGGAAAACUUCUACUACUUCUGCCAGCAUUGCGUUCUAUAAGCCCAUCUACGAUAGAAGAAGUUUUCUUCAAAAAAACAAUUGGUAAUGUUCCAAUAACAAGGCUCCUGUCAGACAUGUACAAGUCAAGCGACAUCUAAACCCUGGAAAUUAUCCUUAACACACAGGCAUUCCCUGGGGACUUUUUCAGAGGGAGAAGUGUCAUUUAUGAAUAUGAUUUAAAGAGACUACGAUUCUGGAGAAUAAUCUUUUGUUAAAAAGCCAUCAUAUUGAUGAACGUGAUAUCAAAAUAUAUUCUACCAUGAAAAGAAUUUGGUUUCAAGAGCCAAUUUGUGUCAAAUGGAGUGCAAGGGAUACACAUUACCUGAGUGCGUUUUAAAGGCUGCUGCCAUUGUACAUAAUUAUGAGACGACAUGUCCAUCAGUCAGCCGACUGCUUUGCCAGACGUAAUAAGACGACGUUGGACUGUUGACAUUGCGUUUUUGUACACAAGAAAAACGAUGGGGGGGGGUGGAAGCACAGCAUUUGCUGGGAGUAUCAGAAGCCACGAUGUUUAUUUGCAAAUUGAUUUUGAGACUAAAUAUUUGGGGGGGUCACACAUAUCAAAGCUAACAAAGUUUAACUUCCAUCUACAACCAGAUACAAAAGCCUUAAGUAUAUAAAACACACAAAAACAAAGAGGGAAAAAUAUUCUAACCAUAGUCAAUGGUGUCCAACACACUUGGCCAUUAA